GUGGGGCCCCCAGGCCCUUGACGCGCUAAAGCAGCCGCGUUAUCACAUGGCAACUACACAGCAGGUAACUCUCAAUUGUUACAACUCGUUUAGAUCUCAAGUUUGAUCCAACUAUUUUUCAACUCGCUUAUCCUUUAGAAUUAAGUAGCCUUGUUGCCUAUAUUACGUUGAUGCCUAGAGAUUAUAUCGCCACUUAAACUACACAUCCACUUGUGCAUCGAGCCAUACUAGACUCUCAAACAAAACGCAGCUGAGCAUUUAGGCAGCAAGAUGAUACAAAGCGACUGAAAUUCCUCCUUCGAGUUCAGAUGCAAUAACCCUAGCUAAUCAGCAGUUUCAUUGGGAGCGUUUCGCAGUUGUCUUCAUUUCGCCCCUUUUUUUCAUAUUUUAUCGUCAACCAGUUGGCUACCUGGGUCUAUAUGGGUAUCUCUUGGCAGGCUCCUACUCCUAUGGCCACUUAAACACGUCGACCCGAUAGUAACCCGACCUUGACAAGAGGAUUACAACCAAUCUAAACAAUGGACAUUAUUCACCGUGGUCAUAUGUUCCAAUUAGACCUAGAUGGAAACCCUGUUGCAAAAUCUCCCUCUGGCGGGGCAAGAAGCCUUGAAAAUCUACCACCAGAAAUACAUCUCCUGAUCAGUCGACAUCUCACGUAUCCCGACGCCUUAUCUCUAAAGCACGCCAGUAGAUAUUUUUACUGCCUUGUUGAUACCGGGCUUAAGCUCAAGGUAGAUUGGCUGAUCGAGCGUCGGAGCUUGCACUUAGAGUGUCCAAACGAUCGUCGCUGCGACCUAGGAAGCGACUUGAAGUUCUGCAGAGGUAGCGUCAGGUUACUCAUGCAGCGGCGCCGCGAACACGCAGAAUGUGAAUCCCGUCCCGGUUUAGGGUGUCUCGUAUAUGGGACGGCAAAAUGUGCACAUCGGCGCCAGCUGAGAUGGCGCGUCAAGCGAUGGCUCCGUUCCCGUCUUACUAUUGAACUCUGGUGGUUUCUGGUACCCUUAGUUCCCGUUCUUUUAGGAUGUCUAUGGGUAGCAGAAUUUGCAAGAUGGCGCGUCGAAGAAUGAAUUGGAUUCAGCGGGUUAGGCAUUAUGAUACUGAAAUGACUAUUUGUCUAUCUUAUAUCAUUUCAAAGUUUUGACAGUUAAGGAGCUAACACAAAUUUAUACAUUGUCCCUUUGAUAUUCUACACCAGACCUGAAGCCACCUCGUUAUCUUAAUAUAUGCCGAGUCAUCUCUGGAUUUAAUAUCCGGGGAUCAAGGGCGUAAUAGAUACUUGACCUCGUGAAUAUCAUAGAUAGAUUCUAGGUUGAUAGAGGGAUUUCCGAUGGCUCAUUAUACGAGGCUACUCAAGUUGACUCAAUGUCUUCAUAUCACUCACGUUCAUGAAUAGGGAGCGCAUUGCACCGUACGAAU